AUGCCUGAUUUGCAUUCGCUCCCUGACGAUUGGUGGCCCUCGAAAGCCAUCCGCAACAAUGGCCCAGAUGCCCUUGUCUUGGAAAGAGCAAAGCUUCGUGAGCUUGCAGAGGGUUGGCCUUGCUACCGUGACGCGUGCGAGUGGGAGAACUUCAAGUCGAUCUUCCAUGAAGGCGCCUAUGUGUAUACCACGUGGUCUGGUCGCGUUCUGUUUUCCGAUUUUAUUAACGGAUCGAAGGCUGGUAUGGACAAGGGCGCGUUCAUCAUGCAUCGCUGCCAUGGAACAACAUCAGAUAUCAGCCCUGAUGGAAAACGAGCGGUCACAAAGAUGAAAGCAACCAUCACGCAGAGAUUUGACCUAGAUGGUGUAGAAGUGGACGCUGAGGCCGAUUGCCGAUUCUGCUUCUUCUUCGAAAAGGUAGAUGGUCACUGGGGCGCACGGUUCGUGCGACAUUGGUAUGAGAAGGAUAAGCUCAUUCUCGUGGUUGCUGGCCAAGUACCUAAAUUGGACAUGGAAAAACUCCAUUCAUACCCUGAUGGAUAUAAAUGCCUCGCCUAUUGCCAGGAAGCAACGAUGGGAGUAACGGUUUUGAAGGAUAUGCCAGGGCAUCGGCUGCACGCAGGCACGCCCGCUGGCGACAAACAUGACCUGCUCUAUAGGCAAUCGAAAAUUUGGGUAGAGGGUGGAGAUAUCGAUAUAUGA